GGAGGAGGAGCUGCUGUCCCGGGGCUGGUCCCUGUGUUACAGCGGCUCUCACUCUGUGUGUUUGCGUGGCUCUCGUACCGUGAUGAAGUCUCAGGGAGAGGCUGUGGGCUGCGGAGAAGUUGGAGGACUCUGCUGAGGUUUUUCACCCCCCUGCAAGGCACAGGGCGCCUGCUGGAGAGGAGGACUCCACUGAAGACCACAAAGACUGAUAUACACUCGCUGGCUGAGUGUUAAUUUUGUUGGAAAGGGAAAAGGAGAACUACUUUUUUAUAUAUAUUUAUACUUCUCCAGACUACUGCAAGAGGACCACCAAGAUGAGUCAGUGGCUCAAAUGCACCUCCACGUACUUUAACACAGACUGGAAUAAGUAUGAUGACAGGCUGAUGAAGGCAGUGGAGAGGAGGGAGGUUGACAAGGUUGCUGCUGUGCUUGGCAAGAAAGGCAUCAUCCCCACCAAACUCGACGUAGAGGGGCGCUCUGCGUUCCAUCUUGCUGCCACCAGAGGACAUCUUGAUUGCCUGAAUCUUAUUCUUCAUCAUGGUGUGGAUGUCACAGCCACUGAUGCCACAGGAAAAAAUGCCUUACACUUGGCAGCUAGAAAUAACCAGUCACUCUGUGUGCAGAAGCUACUCCAGCACAACUGCCCAGUGGGGAACGUGGACCUGCAGGGAAGAUCAGCCCUGCAUGACGCUGUUAUGGCUGGCUGCUCCUCCAGUGUGAAGCUGCUCUGUGACGGUGGAGCAUCAGUUAAUACUAGUGACUUUGAUGGUCGAACACCAUUGGUGCUUGCCACUCAAAUGUGUCACCCACACAUCUGUCAACUGCUUUUAGACCGAGGAAGUGACAUCACAGUCAGAGACAAACAGAAUAAGACAGCAUUGAUUCUGGGUUGUGAGUACGCAUGCAAAGACGCUGUGGAGGUUUUGUUGAAAAAUGGUGCUGAUGUCACUGCCAUAGACGGUUUUGGCUAUGACAGUUAUCACUAUGCAAGACUCAGCAAAAACCAGGAGCUUGUAUCUCUUGUCAAGAGUUACCUGGACAUUGCAACAAAAGCAAAAGAGGCUGCCAAGUUGGAACAGAAAAGGAGACAGUUGCAGUCUGUGGAGGCAGUCUCUGAGACCUCCAACCAUGAAAAGAUCAUACAGGACCUGGAGAAACAGAAUGAGAGCCAACAGGAAACUCUAAAGAAGUUCCACCAGGAGCAGAGAACACUGCUUGAUAAAGUUAACAUGCUUCAGCAGCAGCUCAGCCAGGAAAAGUCAAUAGUGGAGGACAUUCACAAGGAGAGAGAACAGCUGAAGCUUUUACUUUCUGCCAAAGAGAAGGAGGAAGGAGCGAGUGCCAUGGAGACUGUGAGAGUCCAGCAACGAAGCCUUUUGGGAGAUUACCCAGGCCAGUCUGUCAUAAAAGGAAAAGAAAACAUGCUUGUUCGACAGUCAUACAGCUUGGACUCUGCUCAGAUCUUGCAGCCUACAGUGCAAUCUCAAUCUGUGACUCGGCCUUUGGAGCUGUCUCGUCCUAUAGAUGGGGAUCCCGAGACAUUACGUAAAGAGCUUGAAUCUGUCCGGAAACAGCAAGAAGCUGCACAAGAGGAGGUAGGCCAUCUUCAAAUGGCUCUAGCACGAAAGUCCCAGGAGUGCGAGGAGCUGACCAGAAGCUGUGAGACCAUCAAGCGUGAGUCAGACCAGCAGGUACAUGAGCUGGAGGAAGCAAUGGGAGAUGUGCAGAAGAGAAUGUUAGACUCUGAGGCAAAGGUGAAACAGCUUCAGGCUCAUGUGGUGGCAGUAAAAGAACAUCUAAAUAACCAAGCUGUUGAAGACCUCAAAGCACAGCUAAACGAGGUCAAGGCUAAGUAUGAGGGAGCUUCUGCUGAGGUAGGACGGGUCAGGAACCACCUGAAACAGAGUGAGAAAGCCUUGGAAGAGUAUAAGAAAAGUGAGGGGCUACUGGCUGUGGAGGUUGAGAAGCUUACUGCAGAGUUGAGUGAAAUGCAAGAAGAGCACAAGGACAUGGAAGAGACUAUGUUAAACAUGGAAGGUCAAGUGAAAAUGGCAGAGGUCAGGUUGGCCUCUAUGGUUCCAGGGGAGAAAUUUGAUAACAUGAAGAACCUUCUCACCAAUGCUGUGGAUGAGAAAGGGCAACAGUUAGCAGAGCUAAGAGACGAUUAUGACCGUUUGCUGGAGGAAGUUGCAGAGCUCCACCGUGCUAUGGAUGACCGGGAAACUGUCCCCAUACAAGAGCAUGAGCUAGUCUGUGCCACACUAGAGGAGCAGAGUUACUCCCUAAAGAAGAAACUUGCUGAUGUUACUGCAAAGUGUCAGUCAUUAAUCUGUGAGUUGGAUGAAUGUGAGGAUGAGAGAGAGAUGCUGCGAGAGGAACUGCAGGAACUAGGCAACAAUCUAAAGACAAAGUUUGUGGCCUUGGAAAACCAUGAGGAAGUGAAGAGGUCUAUGGGACUGGCUGUGGAGGAGUUGAGAGUCAGGUUAGUGGAAGAGACUGAGAAGAGUAAACAGGCUGAGGUGCAGCUGCAGAGGUUACAGGAGGAGAAGGCAUUUCUCUGUGAGAACAUCACCAGUCUAAGAAGCACAUCUAUCCCCUGUGAGCAGUAUGAGAGCGAGAUAGCUGCACUCUUGGGACAUAACGCAGAGCUGAAGAGUGGCCUUGAGAGCCUCCAUGAUAAAUACCAGAAGAAGUUGAAUGAACUUGAGAUGGCAGCAGCUGAAAAUGUAUCAUUAAAAACGGAGUAUGAGAGAGUGCAGACAGAUUUCGGUGAAGCUUUGCAGAAAGCAAAGAUCGAAAUUGCCAAGUUGGAGGAAGAUUGUAGAGUUCGGGACACGGAAUUGCAGAAGUUUAAAGAAGGAAAUGCUAUGUUGAAAGAGGAGUUUGAGAAUGUGCAGGCAAAGUUAGAAAAUGACUAUAUCAGCCUUGUGGAACACGAGGUGAUCAAAAGCAAAAUGAGCAAUGAUUUAUCAGAAGCAGAGGGAAGAGCCAGAGAUGCCUACUCGAAGUACCAGUCUGCUCGAGAGAAUGCCUCAAAGCUCCAUGAAGAAAUCGAAGCACAGAAGAAAGAGUUGGAUACUAUUCAAGAGGCUUUUCAGUCAAAGUUUGUGCCACUGGUGGUUAUGGAGGAAAAAGAGAGGAGUUUUAGCAUUGCUCAAAGGGACUUGACCGAUAAGCUUGCCAAAAUGCUGGAGAUGUACAAUGAUGAAAAGACCAAAGGGGAAUGCCAGAAGCAAGAGAACGAGAAAUUUAAAGAUGAAGUGUCAUCUCUGCAGCAGAAACUUCAAACAGGGAUUGUUUCCAGCGAAAAGUACAAAGAAUUGGAGGAUCACUACAAGGGCCAGUUGGAGGAACGGAGUCUGAAGUUGGUGGAAUUGGAGCAGCAAUAUAAAGAGGUUAAAAUCCAACGAGCCGAGCUUGAAGAACAAAACGCUUUGUGCAACACUGAGAUCCAGAGCCUCCAGAACAGACUGGAAAAUGAGUAUAUCCAUCUGGAGCAGUUUGAGGCAAUGCAGCGCAUUGAGAGUGGCAGACUGCAGGAGGCACAGAAGGAGUGUGAGAGCUUCCGUGAAGCUCACAGACUGGAAGUCCAGCGUGUUCAUGAUCUAGAGAAACGUCUCCAGAGUCACAGCUGUGAUGAUGGUCUAAAUGCCCAGUACAGUCAGGCUAAAGAAGCUCUGGAGCAUGAGGUCAAUGAACUUCGCUUAGCACUGCAGGAGGAAGAGGAAACCAGUGCGCAGAGGGCUGAGGACGUAGCCACUCUGCAGACUGAGCUUCUCAGAGCCACACAUGCUCUGGAUAACCUCCGCAGCCAGGAGGGGCAAAUGACAGAGCUCAAAGUCGAAAAGCACAGGCUGGAGGAAGAGGUGCAUGAACUUGGCAACCGGCUAUCAGGGCUAGAUGAGCAAUAUGUGGAGCUGUACAGGGAAACUGCCCAGGCCAGAGAGGGUGAAAAGAGAGCGAGAGCGGAAACUGAUGCCCAGCAGGUGAAGAGCGCCUCCAUUGAGAAGGAGAUCAGGGAUCUGAAAGAGAGAUACGACAAAUCAUUCUGCACCAUUGAAGAAUUGCAGAAGAGGAUUCAAGCUUCCUCUGAGCAGACUGUGCUCAAAGACAAAAGGAUCGCAGAGCUUUUGGCAGAUGUUGAAAGGCUGAAACAGGCUCUUAAUGGCUUAUCCCAGUUGGCUUAUGCUGGCAGCGCACCCAACAAGAGACAGACUCAACAUAUUGACACACUCCAAGCCCAGGUCAAGAGCCUCCAGCAGCAGCUGGCUGACGCUGAGAGGCAACACAGAGAAGUGGUUUCAAUUUAUCGAACUCAUCUUCUCAGUGCUGCACAGGGUCACAUGGAUGAAGAUGUCCAGGCUGCCUUAUUGCAGAUCAUCCGAAUGAGACAGGGUUUUGUGUGUUGAACUCAACACAUUGUCACAACACUGACUCUAAUUCAUCAUUCACACAGAAACCUUCAGUUCAGCUCAGUGCAGUUUGAUACUGCCCUGGACAGCUUUGGUCCAAAAGUUUGAAAUAUCCUGAUUAGGUUCAAAGUAAUAGUGUUUAACUUUUAUAUAGGUGUGCAUAGUGACAGUGCUUGCAAGAAGAGUUUAGCUAUAGCCUUUGUACUACAAACACUAAUAUGUUUUAGUAAUUUUGAUCAGGGUAAACAUGAGAAACAAUAGAUGACCAUGUAGAUUAUAUCACAUAUAAACAGUUUAUUGGCUUAACUAUGUGAGCUAUAACUUUGGUAAAGAGUGGUCUGAAUGUUCUUAUAAUUUGCUAAAAGUCUUGAUUUAGUGGCCAAAGCUAUUGGCAUUGAGUAUUAUUGUAUGCUAUAUAGAUUUAAACUGCACACUCAUUUUCCUCGUUUCAUGUUGAAAUAGCCUGGCUACAGUCUUCUAAAGAUAGCGAAGAACAUUCCUUCACUCUACUCUCAUGGCCUCUGUUUUAGUCUCAUCCUCUAAGCUAUAAAUGCAGUGUUUUAAUGAGGGACUCUUACCUUUUAGUGAGAUUUUAACAAAUGCUGAUAUCAGACCAGUCUUAGUGUGUCCUCUGUUAAGGUCACAGUAAUGACAUGGUGAGAGGAAGCUGUUCACAAAGUUCAUGCUCUAAUAUACUGGUGGGUACAGAGAUUAUUUUUUGGCCACAAGUGCCUGGACACUUUUUUUGCAUACUGUUUCAAUAUCCUGCAGUAUAUGAAGAAUAAUACUAGACUCUUAUUACAUGCAUAUAAGAGCAAUCUUGCUCACAGAUUUGUUACCUUCAUGAAAGUUCACAGCAUAUCUUUACAGCUUUACCAUAGAUUUGCUAAGAACCAUAUCUAUAUACUGUAUGGUGUACAGUGUUUCAACUGUGUGAGAUGUAUUAGAGUCAGUCUGUGUCUAUUGGUUUGGGUGAUAAAGAAUGGAUUAGUUCUUUGAAGUGUUUAGUAUAUGUUAAAUUGCUUUGCAGUGAUAAGAGCCUGUAACUGUAGAAGUCACAUCUCAUGAAAUGUAAUAAGCAAAGCAUUUAACAUUACUGAAGGCUUUUAUUUAUACUCCCUAUCCCUCAUUGUCCUCAUUAUCCUGGCUGAUAUUGCCAUCUAGUGGUGUGACUUGGCUGGCCAAGUUUGAUGUGUGGUUGUGUGUCAGAAAAUGUGAUGCAUUUAGGAAUUCUCCCUUUUGAUGCUUACAGAAUCUGAUAUAUCAAUAUUUUUUCUUGGCUUUGUACUACUUUUGAUUAAUGAACACCAUGUUUGUGGUUACUAUUACAAAACUCAGCAGGACUGGAGUAGAAUGGCACAAUAAAAACUGUUCAGGUAUCAGAACAUGACUGUAGACUGACAGACUUUAUAUUUUGUAGACAUUUUGGUAACACUUUACAAUAACGUUCCAUUUGUUAACAUUAGUUUACUACAUUAGUUAACAUGAACUAACAAUGAACAUGACUUUUACAGCGUUUGUUAAUCUUGGUUAAUGUUCAUUUUAACAUACUAUAAAAUUAAAACGAUAAAAUAUACUAUACAAAAUUGUAGUUGUUAACAUGCGUUAAUGUACUAUGAACAAACAUAAACUAACAAUUGUAUUUUUAUUAAAUAACAUUACCAGAGAUUAAUAAUUGCUGUAAAAAUACAUGUUGUUAAUUGUUUGUUCAUGAUGCCUAAGGCAUUAACUAACUGAAUGGAACCUUAUUGUAAAGUGUUACCGACAUUUUUUUUUUAUAAAAAAAUCUAUGUCGGACUAUUCUUGUUUCCUAUUGAUUUCGUAAUCAGAUUUUCUAAAAUUUACAGCACUCACUGAGCUUCCAAUCACAUGACUUUGCCAGUAUUGAUUAAUUUAUUUAAAAAAGCACUACCUAAUGCCAUUUGACUCGAGUGAUAAUAACUGAUACUACUGGUUCUUUCUGAUGGGGAUAACUAAUGUUACGGUUUAAUUAUUUAUUAGUAUUACAUUCUUACAGUGCUCAUAUGAGUUGGUUAGUUUGUGUUUUCCUACAUGGACAUGUCUCUCCUUUUUGUUUUGCAAAAUUAAGUCUAACAAUCAAUAAAAGUGCCUCUUUUAGACUAAACUGGCUCUGUGCAAGUAAAAAAAAAAAAGAAUGAUGAACCCCAGCAGUGUAGGAGUGUUUUGAAGUGAGCCUUGCCUUUGGCAGGCCUUUUCCAGACUCUAACUCUCCUUGAAGUGAGCACAUUUGUUGUUAAUUAAAUACAAUCAGAUCAAGAUUGGGAGCCCCUUUUUCUCUCUCAUGUGCUAAGUGUUGAUUUACACUUCAAUGUUUAACUCACAAAUAGCUUUUAAAACAAAAUAAGAUCUACAAACGCAAAGACAAUUUUACUUCACAAAGGUUUUAUUCAAGGUCAUAUACAAAUAAUGUAAUAAUGUGGUGUGAACCCUGUUCAGGCUGCUUUAAUAUGGUAAGUUGCUCACUUGGAAGUCAUGAUUCACCCACUUUAAGAUCUAUAUGGCCACAAACAUUCAUGCAAAUGUUUUGCUCUGUUUCAGUUCUCCCUUUGCACCUACAGUAUUUCACACGUUUUCCCAAUGGAUUUUUGCAUUAACAAACAGGUUACCUUUAGGAAAAUGGCACGGAAAGCUCCAUCUUUACUCAUUAGCCACCUCUGGCUCGAGCCCUUCUCUGGUCACCUCUGCUCACCUCAUUAAUUUUUUGACAGAUAUUCCAGCACUUUGUUGUCUAUAAAGUUCAUUUAUGGGAUAAAAGAGCUCUUGAGGACUUAUGGGAUUGAUUUCGACUAGAUGGAUUCAACAUGUCCCCUGCCAAGCUCCUCUCUGAUCCUUGCCUCCCUGACCUCAUCAUCCAUCAUAUAACACCUGGGAUGAGAACAAGAUGUUAUGAAAAAAUUACGACAGCUUCUUUCAUUUUAUAGGAUUUAUUGGCUGGCCACAGGAGUCUCAGGAUCAUGCCACGGCAUUCUCUAUCAGUUAUUCAGAUUUUAUGUAAGAUGAUGGAUCAUAGGGUUGUCUUCCAUACAUUGUGGCUCAAGAGCCUCAAAUCUUUUACCUAUAAUAAACAAUAGAAACCAAUUCAAAUGGUGUUUAAAGGAAUAUUCUGGGUUCAAGACAAAUGAAGCUCAAUCGAGAGC